GGCACCGGUAAAAGGUGUCUUGCUGGCACAUACAGAUUUUCCACUUUAUGUUGUUCGUGCACUUGACGAAAGACAUUUUCUUGUUGCCGGAGGAGGAGGGCAAGCUAAAACUGGAAUAGCUAAUGCAAUUUGACAAGGGAAUAAGUCAGAGUUAAACUACAGAAAAAGUAACCAUAGUCAAUCUUUCAACACCCGAGGUGGAAACAAGGAAAUUUACAAGAUAAGCUCAAAUCAAAAUGGUGUCAUUAGCACUAACAUUUGCAGACAUGAAACAGAUAUCCGUGCCAUCAUGAACUGUGCUACUUUCUAUGAUGGCAGACAUCAUCACUUAGCAACAGGAGAAGAUGAGUUCUGUCAUACGUAUGCUGUGAAAUACAAGGUCGUUUCACAAUCUUCAGACAAAGCUGAAAAACAAGAUGGAGUUCGGUUGAGAAAACCAGAAAAUGAUUUAAAAGAGAAAAGUGACAGCAACAGUAAUACUAAACAGUUAACAUUCCUAAUAGAAGAUACAGGCAAAGUUGUGACAGAUUUCUCACCUGAUGGUGGCUUUCAGAAAUGUGUGCGCUUCUCAUCUCUGAUGACCCACAUGGCAACAGGAGGAGCUGAUGGUCAUCUCAGAUUUUGGAAGUACCCAGAGCUGGAGAAAGUCUGGGAUACAGAAGGACAUAAACAAGAAAUAGAUGACCUUGAUAUUAGCCCUGAUGGUUCAAAGAUUGUUACUAUAUCUCGAGAUAAAAAUGGGUGUGUUUGGAAUACUGGUAAUGGCAAGAAAGUGACAGAUUUAAUCUGGAACUACAGUACAUCUCAACCUUACAGAUUUAAAGCUUGCAAAUAUGGUCUUAUUGAAGGCAAGCGUGACAAGUUUAAUAUUUACACUGUAAACAUUCCUGUUACUCGUUCAGCAAAGUCUGUUUGUUACAUCUCAUUGUGGGAUAGUAGUAAAUUUAGUCUCAAGAAAACAGCCAGUGCUGGUACAGAAGUCAUCUCUGCAUUUGCUGUCAGUAAUGAUGGGAUCUAUUUGGGUGUUGGCUCAAUAUCUGGGAGUGUUUCUGUGUAUAUCUCAUUUAGUCUUCAGAGACUGUAUCAUGUUCAAGAAGCUCAUAGUAUAUUUGUCACCAGUGUUGACUUCUUACCAUGUUCUGAAGCUGCCCGAGCAGUCACUGGUAACCAAGACUUUAACCUGCUCAGCGUAUCUGCUGAUAAUACCAUCCGCCUUCACCAGUGCCCAGAGAGAUCUACCAUCCACCCUGUUUGGUUGAUACUUGCCUUGAUAUUUAUUAUCUUUGCAAUGUUCUAUGUGAUGUCAGAAUUGGGACUUUGAUGUAAAGAUAUUAACUCUUAUCAUUAUAUUAGUGUUUUCUGAACUUACCUUCUACUGGAUUAGAGAAAAAAAAAAAGGCUUGAUGAUACAAGACUCAUAACUAAACAUUGUGAAAGAAAACUACAACAGUUAUCGCCUAUAUAGAUUCCCUAGCAGUAUAUGAUGUUGCUACUGGAUUAGAUCAAUAGUUGUGAUGGUACAAGACUCAGAACCAAACAUUGCAAAAAUUUAAGAAAGAUAGUUAUUUCUUGUAUAGAUUUGCCAGCAAUACAUGAUAAAUUUGAGUCAAACAUGUUUCUAUGAUUGUGUUCAUUUACUGCCUUCCAUCAGCAUGAAUGAAAUUUUAGAUUCAAAUUGGAACUGUUAUGGACAUUAUCUGUUGCCCUUGUGCAUCAGCCAAAUGUUUUGUUGUUUUAACUUCAAAUGUUUAUACAUUCAGCUUGUUUCUAUUACUUCAUAUUUUUAUUCAUUUUUGGUAGCUUUAUAAAGGCAACUUAUUUUGCCAUUGUGAUUAAAGGUUAUGACCCUGACAUUGUAUGCAUACUCUUUUGUUUUAAACUCUUUCAUUAUCAAACUUUGUAUCUGACAUAGUGCCAGAUAUUAUUUCACACAUUUCUCCAUUCUAUUUUACAACUAGCUUGAGCUAGAAGUGUUAGAAUAACUAUUACAUUAUGCAUGCAUCAAAGUAAAUAUUCACAAGUGUUGACUAUUAAAUUAGGUUUAUUUCAGAGCUAAAUAUUUCAUAUAUCUGUGAACAUUUGGCUUUUCAUUGUAUGCAGCAAAGUGGUUUCAUAUUACUUAUAUUUCAUUUGCAUAUUCUGCUGUUUUAAACGCCAAUUUUUAAUGAUGUUUCUACCAUUUGUGUCAGUUUGUCUACUUGAUCUAUAGUAACUGUAAGGACUGUUGAAGGCUAGUAACAUUAUGUUCAUUAUAUGCAGCUAGCACCAACAACUAUACAGAAUGUAUAGAUUCAUUCAAUCUUUUUUUUUCUUCAUUUGCGAAAUAAUUUGGUUUUGUAUGGCUUGCACAACUGAAAUAUCAGUAAUCAGGAAGUACUGUAAAAUGCUCAUUUCUAGCUAUAAUAAUGUGCACAAUGAAUGUAGCAUUUUAAUAUUUGUAUUGCUUUAUCCAGUAGAAUAUCCUUACUUUUUUGGCUAUCUUUUAAAUGUCAGCAUAAAUUUUUGUCAGAGAUUAUUGCAUGUCUGAUCUUAUUUAAAUAUUUCAUAAGUAACUAUGGUAACACUUUUUUUAUUGCCCUUUUUUUUCUAAAAAAAAUAUUUAUUAAAAACUACUGUAAGCAUGUAAUAAAUGACAAUUUACUUAAACGUAUAUUUAAUAGACUAGUUCACACUCAUAUGAAAAUGAGAUCAUUUAAGAAAAAAAAACACAAAUGACUCAGAAAAAUAUUUAUUUCACUUUUAAUUUUGUGGCUAAAAAUUACAAUUUCACUUUAGAAUUUCAAAAUGGGCAGAAUUUUAUUUUUCAUUGAAAAAGCUUUUCCAAAUAGAAAUGAAAUUCAAUAUGUGAUAUACAUAUUUUGUACAAUGUGGUAUCUCAAAGGAAGUGCUUGGUAGUAAAGGCAAUGUCAGGGUUUGAAUCUGGCAGUGUGUGAUAAUUUACUGUAGACAUUACCAUUUUCGUUCAAGUAUUUAUUAAACUGUCCUAAUUCUAUCCCAUACACAUAAAGGUCUGUUGAUAGAGUGUGGUUGGUCCCAUUUACUUGUGUGAUUCCCACUACUCACACAUUGUAGAAUCUAAUUCUUCAGGUAUUUCAGAAGCUGUAGCACACAUUGUUGCAUUACUGACAACACAAAUCUUACUGUCACUCACUUGGCUGGAGAUUAGAACAUUUGUGUAGAUCUGAAAAAAAAAAGGCAACAUAUUUCUACUGGUAUUGUAUUGUCAGGUACUAAAAUACAGAGUUUUAUCCCCCCCCACUCCCCCCCCC